AUGCCGGUCCGCAGGGGCCACGUCGCUCCCCAGAACACUUACCUGGACACCAUCAUCCGCAAGUUCGAGGGCCAGAGUCGGAAGUUCCUGAUCGCCAAUGCUCAGAUGGAGAAUUGCGCCAUCAUUUACUGCAAUGACGGCUUCUGCGAGCUCUUCGGCUACUCCAGGAUGGAGGUGAUGCAGCGCCCGUGCACCUGCGACUUCCUCACGGGUCCCGACACUCCUCGCAGCGCUGUGUCCCGCCUGGCGCAGGCCCUGCUGGGGGCUGAGGAGUGCAAGGUGGACAUCCUCUACUACCGCAAGGAUGCCUCCAGCUUCCGCUGCCUGGUGGACGUGGUGCCUGUGAAGAAUGAGGACGGGGCUGUCAUCAUGUUCAUCCUCAACUUCGAGGACCUGGCCCAGCUGCUGGCCAAGAGCGGCAGCCGCAGCCUGUCCCAGCGCCUGCUGUCCCAGAGCUUCCUCGGCUCCGAGGGUUCUCAUGGCAGGCUGGGUGCACAGGGACCCGGCACAGGCAAGGUCAAGUACAGGACCAUCAGCCAGAUCCCGCAGUUCACGCUCAACUUCGUGGAGUUCAACCUGGAGAAGCACCGCUCGGGCUCCAGCGCGGAGAUUGAGAUCAUUGCGCCCCACAAAGUGAUGGAGAGGACACAGAACGUCACCGAGAGGGUCACGCAGGUGCUGUCCCUGGGGGCAGAUGUGCUGCCGGAGUACAAGCUGCAGGCGCCGCGCCUCCACCGGGGGACCCUCCUGCACUACAGCCCCUUCAAGGCCGUGUGGGACUGGCUCAUCCUGCUGCUGGUCAUCUACACGGCCGUCUUCACCCCCUACUCGGCCGCCUUCCUACUCAGUGACCAGGACGAGUCUCGCCGCGGGGACUGCAGCUACACCUGCAGCCCACUCACCGUGGUGGACCUCAUCGUGGACAUCAUGUUCAUCGUGGACAUUGUCAUCAACUUCCGCACCACCUAUGUCAACACCAAUGACGAGGUGGUCAGCCACCCCCGCCGCAUCGCCGUCCACUACUUCAAGGGCUGGUUCCUCAUCGAUAUGGUGGCCGCCAUCCCCUUCGACCUGCUCAUCUUCCGCACCGGCUCUGACGAGACCACGACCCUGAUUGGGCUGCUGAAGACGGCACGGCUACUACGACUGGUGCGUGUGGCCCGGAAGCUGGAUCGCUACUCUGAGUAUGGCGCGGCCGUGCUCUUUCUGCUCAUGUGCACCUUUGCGCUCAUCGCGCACUGGCUAGCCUGCAUCUGGUACGCCAUCGGCAAUGUGGAGCGGCCCUACCUGGAGCCCAAGAUCGGCUGGCUAGACAGCCUGGGAGCGCAGCUCGGCAAGCACUACAAUGGCAGCGACCCAGCCUCAGGCCCUUCGGUGCAGGACAAGUAUGUCACGGCCCUCUACUUCACCUUCAGCAGCCUCACUAGCGUGGGCUUCGGCAAUGUUUCCCCCAACACCAACUCCGAGAAGGUCUUCUCUAUCUGCGUCAUGCUCAUCGGCUCCCUCAUGUAUGCCAGCAUCUUCGGCAACGUGUCCGCCAUCAUCCAGCGCCUGUACUCAGGCACCGCGCGCUACCACACGCAGAUGCUGCGUGUCAAGGAGUUCAUCCGCUUCCACCAGAUCCCCAGCCCACUGCGGCAGCGCCUGGAGGAGUACUUCCAGCACGCCUGGUCCUACACCAACGGCAUUGACAUGAAUGCGGUGCUGAAGGGCUUCCCUGAGUGCCUGCAGGCGGACAUCUGCCUGCACCUGCACCGCGCACUGCUGCAGCACUGCCCAGCCUUCCAGGGUGCCAGCAAGGGCUGCCUGCGCGCGCUGGCGGUCAAGUUUAAGACGGCACACGCACCGCCUGGGGACACGCUGGUGCAUGUCGGAGAUGUGCUCUCCACGCUGUACUUCAUCUCCCGCGGCUCCAUCGAGAUCCUGCGCGACGACGUGGUGGUGGCCAUCCUGGGAAAGAAUGACAUCUUUGGGGAGCCUGUUAGUCUCUAUGCCCGGCCAGGCAAGUCCAGUGCAGAUGUACGGGCCCUGACCUACUGCGACCUGCACAAGAUCCAGCGGGCAGACCUGCUGGAGGUGCUGGACAUGUACCCUGCCUUCGCAGACAGCUUCUGGAGCAAGCUGGAAGUCACCUUCAACCUGCGGGACGCAGGCGGGGGUCUCCAGUCAUCUUCUGAAAAAGCUCCAGGUGACAAGGACCGCCAAGGCUUCUUGCUUAGUGACAACCAGUCAGGAGCAGCUCCUUCCCUGAGCAUCUCAGAAGCAUCUGACCUCUGGCCUGAGGUGCUGCAAGUGCCAAGGCCAAGGCCCAGCCCCCCACACCCUCAGGGAGACCCAGAUGGCUGGCCUCCGGAGCUAGGCUCCAGGCUAGAGCAGAUCCAGGCCCAGGUGAACAGGUUGGAGUCCCGCAUGUCCUCAGACCUUAGCCUCAUCCUGCAGCUCCUUCAACAGCCCCUGCCCCAGGGCCACGCUGGCUACAUCCUGGGAGCCGCUACUUCCAAUGACCUGUCCUUAUUUCCUGCCGCCUCAGAGACUGAGAGUCCAGGAGCUAGCCUGCCCCAGGAUGGCCUGUCCCCAACACAGACCCUGAGAUAUGAUGAGUUGCUGAAAAGUAGGAACCUGUCCUCCAGGACGCCUCACCUGGUCGUGGCCAUGGACACAUCUCUGAUGCUAUCCUCAGAGCAGGAGCAGCCGGAGGAGCUCCUGUCACCCCUGGCAUCACCUCUAUAUCCCCUGGGGGGACAGGGACUGCUCUGUGGUCGCCGCUUUCCCUCCCUCCCUGAAUACCUCGGCUCUGCCCCCAAACAACUGAAUUUCCAGAGACAUGGCUCAGAUCCUGGAAUUGCAAGGAGUUAGAGCCACUGAGCCCCCAGAGAGAGGAUUCCAUCAGGGGAAAGUGGCUGAGGUGAGAAUUCAGGGUCUGGAGGAGACAGACAGCCACCACAAUAGGCCUCUGAAACCCUUCUCUUAGAGUAACUACAAACUGCUAUCCCAGGUGGCUCAAGAGGUAUGAG